AUGUCUCCGGCCACUUCGGGGGGGAGCAGCAGCCACCGCCAACGCCGCCGCCCCCCGCCUCCCUCGCCUCAGGCGGCCGCCCCGACGCCGCUGCGUCGCUCCCUGCGCUCCGGCCCCCGACGCCGCCGCCCCCCCGCGGCCGGCCUGGCCUGGACCGGCGGCGGCGGCGGCGGCAGCCCGGCUUCGGCGUGGGAGGGGCCCUCCGGGGGCUCCGGCAGCGACUUCGAGGCCCCCCCGCCCUGCUCCCCGCGCAGCCAGGCCGGGAGGGGCGCCACGGGGGGGGACCCCCUCGCGGGGCCGCGCCGGCUGGGGGCAGUGUGUGUGUGUGUGCGCGCGUGGGGGGGCACUGGUGGCUUCUGCUUUGGCCACAUCCUCCCCCUCGUUCUUCAGGGGGCCAAGCGGCUGCGGAAGGAUGCCCCCCACAGCAGGGAUGCCCAGAAACCUGUGGGAGCCGGGAACCUCUUUGAGGCGGUGAAGCUGGGCAAAAGCGUGAUGCAGUCUGUAGUUGAUGAGUGGCUAGAGAGCUACAAGGAGGACCGGGAGUUGGGUUACUUGGAACUGGUCAACUUCCUCAUACAGUCCUGUGGCUGCAGAGGGGUGGUGACUUACGAAAUGCUCAAGAGUCUCCAGAACUCACAGAUCAUCCAGCAGCUGACAGAGUCAUUUGAUGAGGACUCGGCAGAGUACCCCCUGUCCCUGGGCUCCCUGCCCUGGCGGCGCUUCCAGAGGGGUUUCUGUGAGCUGAUAGCCGUUCUUGUGCACCAUACCCAGUAUGAUGUUGUCUAUGAUGAGUACCUGAUGGACAGCCUCAUUGCCCUCUUGACUGGCAUGUCUGACUCCCAAGUGCGUGCCUUCCGCCAUACCAGCACCCUGGCAGCCAUGAAGCUGAUGACGGGCCUGGUGCGAGUGGCCCUGAGCGUCAGCCUUCAGAAGGACAGCAGUCAGCGGCAGUACGAGGCCGAGCGGGCCAAGGGUCUCGGUCGCCGGGCCCCAGAGAAGCUGGAAGGGCUGCUGGAGCAGCGUAGAGAGUUCCAGGAGAAACAGGAAGAGCUGGAGAACUUAAUGAAUGCUGUCUUCAAGGGAAUCUUUGUUCACCGCUAUCGGGACCUCGUGCCUGAAAUCCGUUCCAUUUGCAUGGAGGAGAUGGGCCAGUGGAUGCUGCAGUACAGCGCCUCCUUUCUGACUGACAGCUAUCUCAAGUAUGUGGGCUGGACGCUGCAUGACAAGCAGGGGGAGGUGCGUCUCCAGUGCUUACUCGCUUUGCAAGGGUUGUACCGCAACCAGGAGAUGGCUUCUUGUAUGGAACUCUUCACCAGUCGUUUCAAGGAGCGGAUGGUGUCGAUGGCCCUGGACAAGGACCCCCAGGUGGCCGUGGAAGCGGUCAGACUCCUCACGCUCAUCCUACAGAACGUGGAGGAUGUGCUCACAGACUCUGACUGCGAGAGCAUCUUUCCGCUCGUUUAUGCUUCCAGCCGUCCUCUAGCUGCUGCUGCUGGUGAAUUCUUGUACAAGAAGCUGUUAGUGCCGGGAGGACGUGCCGGGGAAGAAGAGGAGUCCCCCCGUGAGGGGACGCGAGCCUUCCUGUGUCGGCUCCUUUCCUUCUUCAUCGAGAGCGAGUUCCAUGACCACGCAGCUUAUUUGGUGGAUGGCUUGUGGGACUGUGCUGCUGCCCUGCUGAAGGACUGGCCGGCGCUGACUGGGCUGUUGCUGCAGAAGUCGCCUUCAAGGGGUUUUGGUGACCGACAGGAAAGCGCUCUCAUUGCGAUCUUAGUGGCCAGCAUGCGGCAGGCCACAGAAGGGCAGCCACCUGUCGGCAGAGUCUCUGCUAAAAAGGUAUUAGUGGCCCGGGAACGCAAGGCACAAGCUGAGGACCGCUUGAGACUCACCCAGCACCUCAUCCCUCUCCUGCCCCAGUUGUUGGCUAAGUUCUCAGCUGAUGCCGAGAAAGUAGUGCCUUUGCUGGAGGCCCCGCGCUAUUUUGAUCUGAGGCUUUACAGUACCGGCCGCCUGGAGAAGUAUUUGGAGUUGCUGGUGGCCCAGCUGUGGGACGUGGUGGAAAAGCACACUGACAAGGAAGUGCUGGAGGCGGCUGCCAGGACCCUGUCUGCUAUUUGCUGUCCAGAAUUUGCUUUUCACAGUCGGGUGGAUUCUGCCCGCAGCCGCUUUGUGGACCACCUUGCUGACAAAUUCCAGCAUGAGGCUGCUGAACUGCUCCAGUCCUCACUUGUGGAGGAAGAAGAUGUCUACAGUCUGGCUGCCUCUCUUAAGCGUGUCGCAGCCUUCCACAGCGCUCAUGACCUGACGCCGUGGGGCUUCUUGGAGCCCUGCCUCCGCCUCCUGCAGCGUGCCGUGGACACAGGCGAGGUCCCCAAGCAGGUUGUUAUUCCUGCCCUGACCUGCUCACACUUCUCGCUCCUCUGGGAACUGGCCCACGUGUCCCAUGUUGCCUCUUCUGGGCCCCAUCCCAGCCAGGUUCAGCUGCUCAGCCUGAAAGAGAGAGUGACCUCCUUUUGCUCCCUCUGCCAAAGCUGCCUUGUGGACAACGAUCCCGACACCCAGGAGCAAGCCUUUGUGCUGCUGAGCGAUCUGCUCCUGGUCUUCGGCCCACAACUGGCACGAGGGGGCCAGGAGGCACUGCAGGUUCUGGUGUAUCAGGCCGAGCCUGCUCUGCAGUCCCAGAUGGCCGGCUUCCUCAUGGACCACGUCUUCAGUCACGCCCAGGCUUCCGAGAUGGACGAGGAGCUCCAGAUCGAGCAGCUGCACCAGCGCCGCAAUCUUCUGGCCGGGUUCUGCAAGCUCAUUGUCUACGGAGUCGUGGAGCUCAGUGCCGCGUCCGAUGUCUUCAAGCACUAUGCCAAGUUCUACAAUGACUAUGGGGACAUCAUCAAGGAGACGCUGAAUCGGGCCCGUCAGAUUGACCGGACUGAAUGGGCCCACACGCUUCUUCUCAGCCUGCAGCAGUUGCUGACCCAGCUGCUUCUGGAGCAGGGACCAGCAGGCGUAGAGUCCAGCGCCUUCCUGGAGAUCCGAGACCUGGCCAGACGGUUCUCGCUGCUCUUUGGGCUGCAUCGGCUGCAGAACCGCUCAGCCCUCGUCAAGCUGCACAAGGAUGGGAUAAAGUUUGCGUUCCAGGAACCAGCGUCUCCCAGUUCCAAGCUGGGACUCGUCAACUUGCCUUUCUUGGAGCUGCUGAGUGAAUUUUCCCCGCGGCUGCUGCACCCCGACAAAGCCUUGCUCCUGUCCUACUUAAAGACUGUUAGCCAAGCCCACGCCAGCCACCAAGGGGAGCUCUGCUGGCCAUCCUUCGUAGUCUAUCAGCACUCCCUGAGCCCCCAGGAGGAUGCGGCCUCCCAGCCCAGCUCAGCUGCCAAGAAGGGUCUCGGCUCAGCGGCCAAGAGGAGGCACCUGGAUGAGUCAUCUGAACUGGGCAGUUCCAGCCUCCCUCCCAGCAGCCGCUUGCAGACCCCUCUGCUGACCUCCACGGCUCUGAAGGGAAAGCAGCCGCCCCUCAUGCUCCCAGCGGGGUCUCGGGAGUCCAGCUCCGAAUCAGAAUUUGUGCAGAGUCAGCCACCCUUGGGCCCUCAGCAUUCCAGUGAAGCUCUUCAGAGCCAGAGGCAGCGGGAUGGGAGCGGACUGGGCAGAAGACUGGAUCGGCUGCUUCUGAUGGAGGAAGAAGAGGAGCAAGAGACUAGUGAGGAAGAGGAGGAGCAGCUUUUCAGGUCGGAGGAGGGUGUUGGCCUGGAAGAUGGUGGGGCCACUGAGCCCUGCGAGGGAAGGCAGCGAUUGGGCGGUCAGCACAGCUCCCAUCUUCAGCAGCAUGGUCAUGUUGCCCCUACCUCAUGCCCUCCCCCCCACCACAUCUUCACCUCGGGGAGGCACCUCUUCCCCCAGCCCCUGCCCCCUGGCCAGGCUGCACAGUCGAGCAACUUUGGGGGCAACUCAUCGGUCAAGGAAGGGAACCAGCUGCUGAGACGAGAAGGGCCUUUGCAGGGCAGCAGCUGA